UGCUUAGCUAACUUGGCACUCAAUCUUUCCUCUCUCAACCCUGCACUGGCCUCAAGAACAAGCCUUCCUCCCCUUCUACUUUCCCCGCCCACGGCUCGGCGUGUACUCCUUGACUUCCGGCUGCUCAGUACUUUGUUGUAGUUAGUAGUAGACAGUACGUAGUAAGUAGACUCACUGUAUUCAUAGCGAAAUCGUUUAUUACUCCAUACGCUACCAUCAUCUCAUGACAUCAAAUCUCAAACAUCAGACUCUCGCAUGGUUCGCCAAGAUUUCUGGAAAACUUAAUUGCUGAUUGGUCUACGGGAGUACCGUCGUGUGUCUUCUUCCACAUGUUUGAUCAGUCGGAGAAGCAAGAGCAAGUAAGUAAGUACUAGUAAGUCAUACGAAAUGGUGUCAGGCCAACUGCGAGCCCGCCCGAGCGUGCAGGGGACACUUCCAGAGCCAGUCACAGCCAACGAUUCCGUUGUUCCGUGCCUUCCUUCCUCCAUCUCUCCACAUUGUGGCAGCGCAGCGGCUGACCUUUGGUUCAACUGUGCUUUACUAGUUUUGUCUACUACCGAGAUCAUCCACUUUCAACGGCGUCUGAAUUCCCAGCCUUUCGGCUUUUGUUCUCUUUGGUAGGCAAGGCGGAUGGUUUGCCUUCCAACAGAUAUUUAGUCAACUCGGUUGAAGCGGUUAACGAUCAAGCAAGGUGUGAGUUAAAUGCACAGCAAGGUACAUGCACAGAAGAUAACACACUAUUUUGCACUCUUGUCGACAGCCAGUGGGAUCGUGGGAUCC